CUUAAGAUAACAUUGUUACCUCAUCUGCCUCACUCCUCCCUCCCAUCUGUGUAUGUGCUCGUUCUCGCUCUCUUUCCUACGUGGUUCACUUUCUCAUGGUCUCUCGAGGGUGUUGCAGGUCUGAUCUUUAGCUCCACACAGUCCACAGUACCUCAUCUCCUCCAGGACACCAAAAAGACAGUAUGGAGAAGAGCCAGUUUGGACCCCCGCAGGACGUGUCGGCUCCCCCCUACCCCGGCCUCCCAGUGGGCUACCAGGGAAGUGGCGGGGGAACAGCCUACCCCCCUCAGCCUGGCUUCCAGGGAGGUCCCCAACCCGGCAUGUACCCACCACCUCCCCAAUACAACAUGGGCAUGGCACAACCUACAAAUCCCCCUGGGGUAACCCAGGUGGUGGUGAUGCAGCAGCCGCUGCCUAGAGACGUACCCGGCCAGAUGACGUGUCCCCACUGUCAGGUCCAGGUUCUGACAGAGACCACACACACCACUGGACUGCUCACCUGGGUCAUCUGUGGAUCACUCGGCUUCUUCCUGUGCUGGCCAUGCUGUUUGAUUCCGUUCUGUGUUGACUCCUGUAAGGACGUAGAACACCACUGCCCCAACUGCAGGAGAGUGAUCCACAUCCACAAACGCAUGUGAACAGACCAAGAUGAGAUACCUGCCACAAAGUGAUCCACAUCCACAAACGCAUGUGAACAGACCAAGAUGAGAUACCUGCCACAAAGUGAUCCACAUCCACAAACGCAUGUGAACAGACCAAGAUGAGAUACCUGCCACAAAGUGAUCCACAUCCACAAACACAUGUGAACAGACCAAGAUGAGAUACCUGCCACAAAGUGAUCCACAUCCACAAACACAUGUGAACAGACCAAGAUGAGACACCUGCCAGAAAGUGAUCCACAUCCACAGAUGAGACACCUGCCACAAAGUCAUCCACAUCCACAUGUGAACAGACCAAGAUGAGACACCUGCCACAAAGUGAUCCACAUCCACAACUAGCACCGGCCCACAGCCACUGCUGCCACAAAGUGAUCCAUACCUUUAUGAAUCCAUUCCAAUACACCACUAGUCUACACCACCUCACUACACCACUAGUCUACACCACCUCACUACACCACUAGUCUACUCCACUACACAACUACUCUACUCCACUACACAACUACUCUACUCCACUACACAACUAGUCUACACCACUAGUAGGUCCAAGAACGCUUUUAGUACCUGAGUAAUGGUGACUCAUAUUUCCAACCAUAACACACACACACACACACACACACUUGUGAAGCAACGUGCUCCUCAUGAAAAUGGAAUGGCUGUUGGUGAGAAGUCACAGUGUAAAGACACUAGUCUGUCUGUGGCUGAGAUGACUACUGGAAGACCAGCUUAACAUAGCUUGUUACACACUGACACUAGUCAAAGGCCACUUCUAGCAGACCUUUACACUGAUUGUAAUGUAUGUUUGCUUUCGUUCUGUGAAUCUUCAUGUUAGACAGAAAGUAUGAUUCUAUUUGUAUUGACGUUGGUAUCGAUUGGUUGUUGGGUUUUUGAAGGGACAGUCCACAGUUGAAACAAUAAAAAAGCUGAACCCUG